GUUGCGACCUCCGUGGUGAUGUUCGGGGGCUACGUGGACAGGGCGGAGCUAGAGGAUGAGCUGUACGCGGAGGAGUCCGAGGGGUCAGAGGGUGACGACAGUGAACUAGAGUUCAGACUCUACAGCCAACUCCACUACUCCUCUAACCCCGGAGAGAGGGAGGAGGAGGUGGGAGACAGGCACCUCUCCUCCAGCCACGGAGAGAAGGAGAAGGAAGAUGGGAGCAAGGCCAAACGACUGCAGCCACCCCUGUCACAUGAUCAUGGUAACAGAGAUCUACGGCAACACCUGCUGGGGGACACAGAGGAGAAAAAACAGAAAGUCAAACUGAAAACCCAACAGGGGAGGAAACAGCAGAGAGGUCUCUCCAAAGGUGACCCCACACUUCAAAGGUUGUUCCAGGAGGUCAUAGUCAUCGACUCGAGUCAAGAUGACGUCAUCACAGUGUCAGACAACACGGAGGAGGAUGACGGGGUGUGUAGCUUGAAAGGUCGGAGGUUAAAGAAAGGACCCCUGCAGGCCUCGACCCCGGGACAACAGAGAAACCCCGCCCCAAAGAGGAGGAGCUCCAGUGUGAACUCUGACUCGGUGGUGGUGUUGGACUCAGAAUCCGGAGCGAAGUCUGGAUCGGACUCUGAUUCGGACAGUCUGGAGAGCUGGAUGAUUCUUGGCAGCGGGAAACAAGAUGGAGACCAGGGCAUCAUACUGAACCUGGAGGGAGAAGGAGACAUUAAAGGGCCACACGAGCAGGAAGACGAGACACAGAUCCGCUCGCCCACCCCGACAGACGCGGGCAGACCGGCCUUUAAGCCUCAAACAAAGUUUGGUGUGCACAGGACCAAGACCAAGGGGACAACAAGAGGGUGA